AUGGAUUCAGGGGAUGGCUCUGUUUCAAAGAGGAGGACUAGACAAGAAUCUUUAAAAUGUAUGGUGGAGAUAAUUGAAAAGAGGAAUGAGUUGAGUCAAAGUGGGAAUUCUACGAAUGGAAGGAAAAGAAAAAAGAUGGAGACUUCUGGAGGUGACGAGAGAAAUGUGGAAAACAAUGGGAGGAGGAAGUUCAGUCGAGGAACUUCUGAGUACUUCACAAAUCAGACAUUCGUCGAGGAAGUAUCAGAUGAUGAUGAUUCGUCAUCGGAGGAGACUGAUCCUGAUGUUGAUAUUGUUGAGGAGGAGGAGGAUAGUGAUCCUGAUGUUGUAAUCGUUGCGGAGGGGAUGAGGAGGAUGAGGAGGAGGAGAAGUUUACUGAUACAACCUCAUAUUCUAAGUCGGAAUUCGAAUCUUCAACUGAUGCUCUUCGAAAGAAUC